AUGGCUCGCGAUAUCCUGAAAGCCGCUAAGUCCGCGUCGAACGUGGUAGCAAUCAGUAAGAAGUACACUGUCCAGUCCACCGGCGUAUGGGAGCGUCUUCGCCGUCUCCUAGCCGUUGAUCCCAACCGCUCAACUGGUGUGCCAUUGAACUCCCAAUUUCGCCUGCCAGCUCCCGGCUCCCUGCCUCCACUAUCCUACGAUGAUCCUGUCACCGUUCCUGCGGGGGAUAUCGCCGACAACCCUUAUUGGAAGCGCGACGUACGAAGAAACUAUCCUAGAGUCAGCACAGUGAACCAGGCAGAUGCUGUGGGACUGCUUACUGUUGGCAGUCGUGCGGCGCCCAAGGAUGACAUUCUCCAGAUUGGAGAGGCCGGGGAGAAGCAAUUGAUUGCCGUUAAACAACAGGGAGAAGAGCGUGGCCUGGCUGCUGUUUUCGAACAGGGCAAGAAGAACAUCCAAGGCGUUCUGGGUGCCACCGGUUUGCCGCCAGCCCCUUGUAAUCUGAAUGCGUCAAGCUCCAAGUACCAACUUGGUCAUGGCCAAGGCUAUCCUGCUGUAUCCGUGCCGAACCUUUAUCUGAUAGCCAGAAGUCUGUCAAAUCCAAUAUCUUCGCUUCUGUCAUUAGCCUUUAGUCUUUGA